AAAGAGAGAGACGGGCUGAGGGAAGAGGCAGAGUGAUAGUACAGAUGAUAGGAGGGGGGUUAGAAACAGAGAAAGAGAGAGAGAGAGAGAGAGAGAGAGAGAGAGAGAGAACGAGGGAGGGAGGAAUUUCCCUCAGGGGCAAUGUGUUUGUGCUCUCUCUCUCUCUCUCUCUCUCUCUCUCUCUCUCUGUUGCUCAUUCACUCAUACACACACUCCAUCCACACAUAUUUGACAGACACACACAGCAUGUAGACACACUUUCUAAUUCAUUCACUUCCCUCUCUCACACACUCACAGAACCUUUUUACGACCUUGAGUCUUAUUUUCACUUUUUUUUUCCUGCCUAGAGUCUAGAGAAGGAGCUACGCCACCUCAACUUUAAAACUGCCGUUACAGAGAACAGGAGAAGGAGAGAAGGGCCAGCAAGAAUAGAAUAAGAGAAAAAGAAAAAAAAGAGGCUGGAAAGUGACUGAAGUGCUCUGAAGGAUGGAAUAGAGAAGGAUGAAAGUCCCGAAAACAUCAGGACGUAAGACUCAGACACAUUUUAUGAGAGAAACUGACUGAAGGAGACAAAGCUGAGAAAUUUACUUCACAGAACUUGGUUUGUGUGCCACCCUUGACCUGACAGGACCGACGGCAUGUUUUGGACGCUCCUCCUGGCUUUGAUCCUCCUGCUGUUGCUCCAGGCACAGCUGCUUGUUUGUCUGCAUGAACUCCGAUCCUCUCUGGCCAAAGUGACUUCAGCGACCCCUUCUGGAUCUUCCAAUGCCUCAGCUUUGCAACGUCUGCCAGGAGCCAUAAUCAUCGGGGUGCGCAAAGGAGGCACCAGGGCCCUGCUGGAGAUGCUCAACCUCCAUCCAGAUGUGGAAGUAGCCAAAAACGAGAUCCACUACUUCAACCUGGAUGAUAAUUUUCGGAAGGGUCUGGACUGGUAUCGUGCCCAGAUGCCCAUCACUCUCCCUGGGCAGCUGACGGUGGAAAAGACCCCUGGCUACUUCACAGCACCACUGGCCCCAAAGAGGAUAUGGGCCAUGAAUCCAGCUGUGAAACUGCUGCUGAUCGUCCGUGACCCUGCAGAGAGACUUGUAUCAGACUACACACAAGUUCUCCACAACCGAAUUCAGCAAAACAAGCCAUAUCAGCCACUCGAAGAGCUGCUAUUACCACAAGAACACAUCAACCCCAAAUACAAAGCCCUUCAGAGGAGCUUUUACUACCAGCAUCUUGCCAAGUGGUUGGAGCUUUUUCCCAGAGAGCAGAUGCACAUCGUGGAUGGAGAGGCGCUGAUUCAGAAUCCGUUCCCUGAGCUGCAGAAGGCGGAGAAGUUUUUGGAACUUCCACCUCGGAUAAAGCCAGAUAAUUUCUACUUUAACGUCACGAAGGGCUUUUAUUGUUUGCUGUCUGCGGGACAUGACAAGUGCCUGGAUGAGUCUAAAGGAAGACCACAUGCACCACUUAGCAGCGAGGCUUUCCAGAAGCUUUGCCGUUACCUGCGAGUACCCAAUCAAAUCUUUUUCAGAAUGGUGGGACAGAGGUUUGACUGGUGCUAAAGACAGCUGAAAAAUUAUUGACAGCUCUUACAGAGACUGAGAAUGAGAUUUAAAUUACUAAUGAAAACUCAUUUUGUAAAAAGAGUGUCAAUGGAAUAUGUUUAAAAAAUACAGCAACCAGUUUGCAAGAUGGCCAAGCAAAGAGACCAGCAUCAAAAUCUGUUCUGAACGGUAAUACAUCUGGCCUACAGUCUACAAUUUGUCUUCUGUGGAAAAUAAAAUAGAUCUGCAGGACUUCAUGCUUUAAAAACUCUCUGGAGCACUUUUGAAUCCAAAAGUCUCAGUUCAAACACUAUUGAUAAGGUGAUGGUGUGAUCGAAAAGAUCGGCAAGGUCCAAGUUACUGAAGACACUGAACUUGAAAAAGUGUUUUUCAAGAUGUAAUUAUUGUAGUCUAAUCAUUUAAUUCUCAUGUUUAAUCUACUAAUUUGUACUUUAAGAUUUUAUUUGAAUUUUUGAAUUGAAAUGUCUAUUUUUUAAAUUAAUUGGUUCUUUAAAUUAAUGAGAUAAUUUCAUAAUGUCUUAAGAUAAUGCACUACAAAACUCUUUUCUAUUCAAUAAAUGUACAUAAAGCAUCUGUUCAUCUAACCACAUGACAAUAUUUUCAACACCUCGAUCAAAAUCAAUUUGACAAUACACAAAUGUCUCUG